CAAUGAGCAAACAUCCAAUUUAAAAUUAUCAAAUUUUAAAGGUUCUUGGCAAAGUAUUACAAUUAUAUUAUUAUUAUACAAGGGAGCAUUUGCUAUAGUCUAUCAAGCACAACAUAUUAAAACUAAAGAAAUUGUUGCUAUCAAAUAAAUUAAUAUUGAAAUGGAGGAAGGCCCUCAUAAAUAAAAAAUGCUUGAAUUGUUUUAAUCAGAAAUCUAAAUCAUGAAAUCUAUGAAACAUAAAAAUAUUGUAGAGUUGAAAGAUGUUUAAAAUAAUUAAGAUUCUAUUAACAUGAUAUUAGAAUACUGUGCUCAAGGAGACUUAGAAAAGUAUAUUAAAAAGAAUUCUGUCAAAAACAGGUUACCUGAAUCUGAAGCAAAACCUAUCAUUCUUCAAUUAAUUGAUGCCAUGAAAAUGUUACGUUUAAAAAAUGUCGUUCAUCGAGAUCUGAAAUUAGCUAAUAUUCUAAUCAAUGAAUAAAUGUAAAUAAAAUUAGGUGAUUUUGGUUUUGCUAAAUCCUUAAUCUAAACUGAAUUACUGGAAUCUUAUUGUGGAACACCUAUUACUAUGGCACCAGAAAUACUAAAGUAAAUAAAUUCUAUUAAAAAUUUUAGAAAAUCUAAUUCUUAUGAUCAUAAAUGUGACAUAUGGUCUUUAGGAGUAAUGAUUUAUCAAAUGCUUUUUGGCUAACCUCCUUUUGUUCCAUAAAAAGGAACUGUAUAAGAUUUACUUAUUGCAAUAUAAACUAAUAAAGUAUUUUAUAUAAUUAAAUGAUUUAGAUUUAAUUUCCAUAACAUAUUUCGGUAUCAGCUGAAUGCAAAGAUGUAUUAAGAAAAAUGUUAGUUGAAGAUCCAAAAUAAAGAAUUAGUUUUGAAGAUUUAUUUAGGCAUCCAUGGUGUUAUUUAGAGAAAAUUGACUUAGAGAAAUCUGUAUUAAAAGUUUAUGUUCCUUAACAUUAAGAAUUUCUAAAAAAUCUCAAUUAUUCGAUCAAUUAAUAUAAAUAAUAAUUGAAUUAGAUUGUUCAAAUAAUUUAAACAAUAGAAAAUAAAUAUAAGGAUUUAAGUUAAUAUUGUGUAAGAUUUAUGAAUAUAUUGAAUGGAGCAUUUUAAAGUUUGCAUUUAAAAAUCUAUUACUCUAAUUAAAGUAUAGUAAUAAGAGUUCCUGAGAAUUACAAGUAUUUCAAUUAUAGAUAGGAAUUGUUAUUGUUUUUAAUUAAUAUUUAUGAAAUAGCACUUUAGAAUAACAUAAAUAUAUAUGAAUUUGUAAAUUUGAAAAUAUUUGAUUAUCAAAUAAGCAAUUAGUUAGAGGUUUAAUAUGAAGAUUUUUCAGUGGCUCUUUAUGAGGAGUUCAAGAAUUAUAAAUAAGGUAAUGAGAAGGAUUGUUAAGUGUUAUAAUUUUUGGAAGACAAAGAAAAUAAAAAUACAAUUUUAAAUUCUGAUUUGUGGAUUUUAACAGAAUACAUAAAAGAAAGGUAUAAAAAUUGA